ACUUAAUCUAAAAUUAAUACUAAAAAUAACCUAACAGCCAGCGUGGCAAACCGUUCCCUAUAUAAUUCUGAAUCCACACCAAAUUUAAAAUCCAAAACAGUCUUUCCCUCCAAAAAAAAAACUAGAGAAAACCUUCAAAGUUGCUGGCAAUGGAAAUCGGCAAAGCAACCAAAGGAGCAGGAGGAAGAAAAGGCAGAGAGAGAAAAAAAGCUGUGACGAAGUCCGUCACGGCAGGACUCCAAUUCCCAAUGGGACGUAUAGCUCGAUUCAUGAAAAAGGGAAGAUACGCUCAACGUACCGGUACCGGUGCUCCGAUCUACUUAGCUGUUCUUGAAUAUCUUGCCGUUGAAGUUUUGGAAUUGGCCGAAAAUGCAGCACGUGACAACAAGAAGAACAGAAUCAACCCAAGACACCUUCAAUUGGCUGUGAGGAACGAUGAGGAGUUGGGAAAAUUGCUUCACGGUGUUACCAUUGCUAGCGGUGGUGUUCUUCCCAACAUUAAUCCGGUUUUGCUACCCAAAAAAUCUAAGGCUGGUGAAUCUGAGGCUAAACCUGCUGCAACCAAAUCUCCAAUAAAGCUAAGGCUUAAGUAAAGUAAAUUGAAAUUAUUAAUUAGGAAAGUUAAU